AACUCCGGCCCACCUUAAAUGGAUACGAACGAUAGGCCCAACAAGAAAGCCCACUAAUUCAGCUGGCUGAUGAUCUUCUUAUAAUUGUUUUUAACGUUUAAAGGCUCCAUUAAUGGCGGUUAAGCGAUAAGAAGAAGUGGGAAACUUUGGCAUUUUCCCUCGCUCCCUCCAGAAAUUCGCAUGCUGAAAAAAAUUUCAUUUCCCGCCACCGAAAGUUCGAAGCUCUCUCGAUCCUCCGUCGUCUUUCUCUCUCAGUUUCUGAGGUUCCGAAUUCCGAUUCAGGUAACUUCGUGUUUAGGUUUUCAACAUAAGCCCUAAUUUAGAGUGUCGGCAGCUCGCGAUUUUGCUUGUUCGUCGAAGUAACGAGCUGGAAUUUAGGGUAUUUUGUUUGAUUCUCGGUUUUUCCUUUGAGCUACUAGAUCUGAAACAGUCAAGAUAGAUAGGAUUCUCCGUUCACCGUAAUUACGAGGAGCUUGCGGAUUCCGGAAUUUUGAUUAGGUUUUGGGGUUUGCAGGAACGGUGAAGGAAAUUGGAGUCGCAGAUGAGAGGUAGGAAGAAGAUAACCGCGGAUCCCGUGGAUAGCUCAGUGGUGGCAAAGAAGGGGUCGAGUUUGUCUCAGGUAAGAAAACCGCCGGCAAAGAGGAGUAGAGGCGGUGGACGGCAGUCUGGUAAAAAUCCAAAAGACGAAGCUGGGGGUUCUCUUGUUCCGGAAGAUCAAUGUCCAUUGCCUUCGAUGGAAGAGAAGGUAUCGAAUCCCUUAACGGUGUUUGGUCAGAAUCCAGGAACCAACGAACCUUCUAGGAAGAUCAAGUUGCAGCUGUUUCCCAUUGAUAAGAACACCCUAAUGGGACUGGAAAAGGAAGGAUACCAUCCUUACUUGGAACUCACUCUAAGUCGGAGGAAGAAGAUAUCAUCUGUACUGCAGCACCUCAAUGCCAAAUGGGGGAAGUCAAGCAUUGCUAGUGGGCAGCAGCCAAUGGUUUUCCCAUACAAUACAAUGGACAAAUCAUCUAGCUGCAGAUGGACCUCGCGCAACACUGAUGUCUGCACCGAAGAUGUCUAUGCAGCCGUUGGAAGGCCUUCUGUAUUUCGGUUAAGGUAUGGCUGGUUCUAUGAUUCUAAAGCCGAAAGUCAGAGCUUGGGUUCUGCCUCAAACCAGAAUGAUGCUUGCUUACAGUUAGCAGAAACAGGGAAAUGCAGCAGUACUGUUGAAACUAUAGAUGUCAAAGGCAAACAAAUCAUUGAAGAGACCAAAUUAGCCGUUUCCAGAGGAGCAACAGUAUCUGUCUCUGCACUAACUGAACCGCUGGCAACAACUAUGAGAGCGGAUAUUGGUGUUGGGCAGCCAGUAGUGCCAUGGGAUGAUUGUAUAAGCAUUGGAGGCUUGCUAUCUGAAGCAUCAUUGCAAGGGAAGUCGAGCAAAUCAUCUGAACAGCAAACAAAUGGAAGCAGUUCUCUGUUCUUUACCGAAUCAUUUGACGCUUUCAUUUCCGGCCAACCGAGCUCCUCAAUUUGUCCAAGAUUUGUACCUCCUGCUUCAACCUCAUCCAUUUUAAACGCUGAAGACACAUGUCAUGCAUUCACAUUUCAAACAUUUGCUUCGGGCAGGAGCAGCAAGGAAGAGGUUUCUAAGCUGGUCAAUUCCCAACCUGGCAUUCCAGAAGGACAGGAAGGAACUACAGGCGCACUUAACGAUGAAAGCAGCCUUGGACUGUCAGGCAUAAAAUGGACGGAGUCACUGGGACCUUUUGAUCUGGGCCUUUCGUCCUCCAGGAAGAUCAUUCAUAAUGACAGUAUUAUAAGCAUCGGCAGUAUAUUCAGCUAAAAUUCUGGUAGUUUUGAAGGGCAAAUUGGAGAGUGGCAGAUGUAAUUAGACAUGUUGUAGAAGUGGACUCCCAAGCUGAUGUCUUUAUGUGGGUUUGCCCCUUGAGAUUAGUUAAGAUUGAUCCAUGUUUGGUUUAUAGGCAAAUGACAGAGAAGAAGUUUGGUGUACAGCCUUUUAGUUUCCGUUUUUUUUUUUGGAUUCUUUACCGAUCAAAACAGAAUAUGUCAAUUUCAUGGGGUGUUUUUGGCUAAAGCAAAUGUUAUCAUCUUGUUGGGUUGUUUUUAAUCAUGGCAUACAUAAUUCUUCUACAUGCAUCUAAAGUCUUGUAAUCGACAAAAUAAUGGAGAGACAAGGGUAAGUUCUUCUUUCAUUGGGGACUAAACAAGAUACAACAAGAAGAGCAGAAUUUGCCAUUUUGGGUGAAAAGUUGGGUUUAUAGGGUUUUAGCAUUUGGAUUCUGACCUUCCAUUUCAGAAUUGCCAUUUGCUUUAUCUCUUGUUGCCAUGGUAGGAAUACAAGGAUUAGUACCCAAAUUGCCUCUCAAGUUUCCCCUUAGCCCUUUCAAGCUUCUCAAUUAACGUUACAAAUUUGU